UUCAAGCCUAUUGGAAGUCAUAAGACAUGGGUUAAUAGCUGACUGGCUAUAAAAUAUGAAACACAGUAGUAUGUCAUCUUUAAUGUACUGCAUGUCUCAGCAUGUCUCAUCAGCCACACAUUACAAAAAGGAUAGGUUCACAUUUUGCUUUACUGUAAGUCAUCCUUGAAACAAACUUGAUAAACUAUAUGGCUGAGGGACAGUAACACACUUUAUUUUUCAUGAUCUCAGUAAAUGUAAUCAUGAUCGAUGAUUGUAUUUCUUUAGGUUUUUCCACCAGACAGAGAGAUGGGUUGGUGGAGCUGCAGUAUCGUUGUGGCAUUUUCUCUUUGUGAAGCAUUUAUCACAGCAGCACAUCCUGCUAUUACAUACGAUGAGAGAUACAAAGGCUCUCAGAGACAUCUAAUGGGAGAUUACACCAGCAGUAAUGCUAGUGUCAAUGGAAGUAAGUAACCAAAGGACCACUCUGCAGGGUAUUUUACCACCACCUAACUAUUUACAGUCAUAUGUGUUUGAAGAACUUUGAACUUUAUAACACUUCAUUUACAGGAAACAUUUCAAAUGCUGACUUCACUGUCUUUAUAGUCACAUGAAGAUGCAGUAAAAUGUCUUCCUGUGGUUUUCCCAGGGGCAGCCAAUCCAGACGAGAUCCCAAAGUCAAUGCCGUGGUCCUACCUGUUUGCGGGACUGGGCACCAUCCUCGCUAUCUCAGCCCUCAUUGUGAUGGCAAUCAAAUUUCGCCUCUUUCAUCGCUUCCUGGCCAGCUACAGACACUCCCUGCUCCAAGAGUCCGAUGGGGUCAGCCAGUAUGGUCAAGAGGAGACGUCCUACCCUAGCAAUGUGUCAGGUAGAAUGGGAGUCACAGGAGGGACUGUGAGUAGGCUGGAGGAAGAUGAUGAUGGCUUCAUUGAGGACAACUACAUCCAGACCAGCGAGAAAGAGAAGGCAGCAAGAGAAUUACAGGAGGAGGAAGAGAUGGACGACAGCGACGAUGAUCUUCAGUUCACUAUAGCAUGA